AUGUGCAAUAACGACAUCUUAAAACCCAUUGUUCCUGUUGGAGUACCAACUGUUAGCGUAGACAAAGCUGGUCUUGAACAUGGAAGGCCACUAAUUGCAGACUGUCACGCCCCUCCCUCCUAUCCAGCCACAAAUAUUACACUUUACGUCAAUGAUGAGAAGGUGCCAGCGUAUACUUCAGAAUGGAUAACUUCAGUAGAAGAUAAACUAGAGAAGAAAACCGGAAGGCUCGAGCUUUCGGGAGUUGGUGGUAGCUGGGGGACUCUGCGACUUCGCUGUGAGGCUACACUUUUUCGGUUGUACCGUGCCAAAAGCUUGGAGGUGGAAGUUCGACCGGAUGUACCCCAACCAGCUUCGGUGCUCCUCAUGGGACCAAGUAGUAGAGGUAACUGA